CGCGAUACCGACUCCUCGUUCGCGUGCGCGUGUGCGUGAGUGCGCCCGUGUGUACAUGCGCGCGCGCGUCCGUACGUGUGCGUUCCUCCCGUGAUAGCGCGCGCAGUGCCAUUAUCCGCUCAAACGCCGCUCGUCGUGUGUCGUCCUUCGAGCGCGUACGUAACCGCAAUAAUAACAGUAAUAGUAAUAGUAAUAACAAUAACAAUAACAGCCGACUGCCGCCUGUCGCCUGUCUCUCUUUCACUCAAUCUCUUUCGCUAACCCUUCGUCUGCAUCCCAUCCACCUUUCUCCGUCCCUUUCGGAUUUCGCCAGUGGCGUAACGUUUAACAACUUCAAUUCGACGUGCACGACGUGAUCGGGGUACACAGCCCUGUCCCGAGCGUUCGUUUCCUGAUCCCUUCGCGUCCAACGCGGUGUUAGUGGCUGCUGUCCUUGGUUUUUCUCGCCCACGCCCGCCGUCCUUAAACAUGAUCUUCUCCUCCGUCACUAUUGUUCACGUAAAAUAAGCCCACCCCCGUAGUUACGUAGUGCUGUUGUAGUACCGACACCGUCUCUCGCAUAGUCCCGCGCUGUUAACUCGCGUCCUGUCGUAAAACGUCAAUCCGUCAUGCCGGCGGCGGCGACGGUGGUGCAGACUGUUCCGGAUGACAGGCGGUGCUCUUGUUGCCCGAUGACAUGUUGAUGGUACAUUCGCACUCAUGUUGCUGCAGCAGGGACAACAAGGUACUACGCUCGGCCCGAAAAACACGUCACAUCUCCUACAGUCCAUACAGAACAGGCUUAUACCGGGAUGGAGCGUACACUUGGCCAACGACAAUAGGCUUUUCUACUGCAAUCACGUCACUCAAACGGCGUCUUGGCUGCCGCCCGUAGAAGCGUGGCCCAAGGACCCCGGUGCCAAAUCUUUGCCGUACGGAUGGGAAGAAGCGCUAGACGGUGAUGGAAGAUCUUAUUUUAUCAACCACAUCACAAAAACAACCAGCUAUGAAGAUCCUAGGACUGAUUUGGUGGAGGAGAGCCCGAAACCUAGACUCGUUACUUUGAAAAGACAUCAUGAACUGGGAUUCGGAUUCGUAGCUGGCAGUGAAAAACCUGUUAUAGUAAGGUUUGUAACUGAGGGAGGUCCUAGUGAUUCCAAACUUUUACCUGGUGAUCAGAUUCUUCGAAUAAAUGAUGAAGAUGUUCAAAAUGGCCUCAGGGAUUAUGUAAUACAAUUGGUCAGGUCUUGUAACGAAACUAUCACUUUGCUAGUGUGUCAACCUCCACUUGAUAACUCAGCUAGGAAGUCGGCUUUAUUAAGUUCAGCGAAAAAAGCUAAACUUAAAUCGAAUCCAUCUAGGGUACGUUUUGCGGAAGGAGUACUUGUAAACGGUUCUCCAUUAUGUCCGGUAUCUGCAUUCAGUGGAGGUGACCCGAACAUAGCUCUGCUACCUAAUGUACUCAAAGUGUUUCUGGAAAACGGUCAAACGAAGUCAUUUAAAUACGAUUCCACUACCAAAGUAAAAGAUGUGGUGUCUUCGUUACAAAACAAAUUAUGUAUUAAAGCUGGAGAGCAUUUCGCGUUAGUACUCGAACAAGUCAAAAGUCUUCGUAGGCAUAAAUUAACUCUACUAGACCCUGAACACACAUUGGCUAGAGUUGCGUCUAGGCCAGGUUCCCAUAAUCUUAGAUGUUUAUUUCGAGUGGCAUUCGUACCAAGGGAUGCAUGUGAUUUGGCUCAAAAAGAUUUGAAUGCAUUCGAGUACUUAUACUUACAAUGUUGUAACGAUGUGGUUCAAGAACGCUACGCACCAGAACUUAAGUACGACAUUGCUCUGCGAUUAGCAGCAUUACAUAUCCACCAACAUGCUAUGGUCAACAAUAUACCUUAUUGUAAGGUCACGGUCAAAGCCAUCGAAAGGGAGUUUGGUUUAGAAAAGUUUGUGCCAAUCUCGCUCAUGGAAUCAAUGAAACGAAAGGAAUUACGAAAGCUACUUACUCAUUUAUUAAAACUCAACCAAACAAUGACGGGUACCAAUUACAAAACACUUACGGCGUUGCAGGCGAAACUUUACUACUUGACCAUUAUAUCCGAACUGCCUAGUUACGGGGCAAAAUGUUUCUCCACCAAUGUCCGUGAUUGCAAUUUGGAAACUGUGAUUUUAGUCAGUCCUAAAAUGGGUAUAAGCCAAAUUGUUGGACUCCGCAACAGCAUGCCUGUACCAUUGGCAGAUAUUGAACAAGUUACGUUGGUAAAAGUACAAAAAGAAGAUCAAAUCUCAAGUACAGUUACAUUAUAUUUACAGAAUACAGUUCAAAAGGAAGUUAGUUUUUGUAUGGAAGAUCGUGAUACAGAUGAAUUCAUACUCGUUUUAAAAGGCUAUUAUAAACUUCUAAUGACUAUGAGUUUACCUGUCGACCGAAAAGGAGAUACAUCACAUAUGGAUAGUGCACCUCAAUAUUAUUCACAUCAUAUUGUAAAGCCAUCACUUUGGAGUUAUGGGCCAUCUACCAUGUAUGCCAAAGAACAAGAAAAGUUAACUAAUUUUGCAUUUUGCCCUAUGUACACGCCAUUCAAACAUGAAAUGCUCAAACCCAAUGAUUAUGGGUCAUUAAAUAGGACUAUAUGGGCUGGUAUGCAAAAUGGAAAUGUAGAUAAUAAUAUGAACACUAUGUCUUUGAAAAAACAUCAAAAUGGUCACCUAGAGUACAAGCCAAAUGGCGUUGUGAAAGAUAAAGCUGGAAUUGAUGUUCAAAGCGUUGUGUCAAUGGAAAUUUUAGAAAGUGAUAAUAACUUUAUAGAGACUCGUAAUGAAGAAGUAUUGAGAAGAGUAGCUGAAAUGCAAGAGUUAGUUGAAAACUCUGAACAAUAUCUAAAUAGACAUCAACGUGAAUCUAGUGACUCGGACGGUUCUCACAUAUCAUCUGAUGGUUCUGUUUCAUUACCACCACCUCCGACCAAUUUAGGUCAACUCAAACAUAGUGAUUCGUUAUUGUUAUUAGCUCAAAAGGGCACUGAAGAUAGUAUUACGGCUGCAGUUCAAGCUCUAAAUUUAGGAGAUCUUGAAAGCGAUACGGAAUCCAUAAACACACCAUCGACUAGUCCUUCACAUCGUGGAAGAAAUUCAAAUAGAGACUCUGAUAUUAGUUUCGGUUUACAUAGCCCAGAAGGGUUAGCUGCGAGUUCGGGUCAUGAAGCUCUUCAGGAACUCUGGAAAAAUCUACAAGAGGAUAAUAGAUCGUUGCCGAGAAGUAGCUUAUAUUUAGAACCAGACUUGAUAGAUUUAACAUUAAUACCACCACCUACAGAUGCAGCUAAACUAAAUCAAACGAAUGGUUCGAAUACCGGUAGUCAGUGUAGUUUACCUCCUACAUUGUUCGCCGACUAUGACCACCAACAUAACACAGACAGAUUUUUAGAUUCCGUAUUGGAUAAUGGGUUCAAAAACAAUACUAGUCUAAUGAAUCUGGACCUAGAAUCUUUCUUGGCUACAAUGACUAUACCUCCACCACCAUUAACCAAUGGAAGGCCAGAAGAAAAACAAGCCAACGUUUUAACGUCAGAAGAAAUAUCUUCUUUUAUAAUACCCCCACCUCCUCCCAAGGCCACGGUGGUUGAGAACCAACCAAAACCAGAAACUGAGGAACACCAGAACAAAAAAAUCUUAACAUCUGUUAGCGCAGCGACUACACCCGAUGAUCCUAGUGCCACAAAUGAAAAAACUUUACCCGGUUUCUCUUGCUGCUCUAGGCCCAGACAGCGUAGUCCAGAAACCCAACCACCGUGUCUCCCUACUAGAGCUCAAAACAUGACUCUUCCUCGUGUCAAACCUAAAGUACCACCCAGAAUAGACUCUACUUUAUCUACUAAACCUCCAUUGCCACCAAUGCCCUCACAAGAAACACUGAUGCGGAAUGGUUGUUACUCGACAAACAGGGAUGCUAUUUCAGUAAUUAACGAACUAAUAAGCCGACUAAAUGAAUUUAGCGAACAAUGUAAUGUAGCUCAGACUCAAGGUGGUGGCACACAGCUUGACGAAACUAAAUUCCAGGAAGCCAAGGAUAUCCUGUGCCAAGAAGCCAGGCAACUAGUGACGUCCUCAAAAAUCCUUAUCCGGUGCUACAUGAACCCAAAAAGUCCGGAAUUUCAGGCCAACCUUUCACAGUGCGUCACGCAACUUCGCCGAAUGACCGUGCUCAGCGGCAAUAUGACCAAGCAUACGUCAUCCCCGCUGCAAACCAGAAACCUCAUACUCAAGGUAACCGAUGUGUUACAUACGUUCCACGGUCUUUUGAUAGACACAGACGUAUGUACAGAGACGCUCACCAAGCACGCUGAAGGAUUGGCUAACGUGUUGGCGAAACUGUUGCGUAGUCUUAGGGUGUUUUCGCCAUGA